AUGUCCUGCUCCAGCCUGUGUGCCCCUUCAUGUGGGGUGGCCACCCCAUACCCGCUGGCUGACACCACCAACGAGCCCUGUGUGCGUCAGUGCCAGAGCUCCACGGUGGUGAUCCAGCCCCCGGCUUCGGUGGUCACCUUCCCCGGACCCAUCCUCAGCUCCUUCCCCCAGCACAGCGUUGUGGGCUCAGCGGGAGUCCCCGCCAUUGCCGGGGGCUACGGCGGCAGUUUUGGAGGCUAUGGGGGCUAUGGAGGCCUUGGUGGCUAUGGGGGUUAUGGAGGCUAUGGUAGCUAUGGAGGCUAUGGACGCCUUGGUGGCUAUGGAGGCUUUGGGGGCUAUGGUAGCUGUGGAGGCUAUGGAGGCCUUGUUUAA